GCUUCCGGAUGUCGACGUUCGGGAUUUGCCUUCCGUACUUACCGUUAUGGGGUCUGCUGACCUGGCUUGGCUGGGAAGCCGCAACGGCUUCAGAAGCUUGUCCAGCACAAGGCUCCAACUUGCUGCAGCGUGUGCGAAUCGGCGGCUUGCUUCCCGUGACUGAGGAUCAAGCGCCUUCCCCUUUGCCAGCUGUGGCAAACUUUUCUCUUCCCUGGUGGGCGUUGCGGACGCUGCCGGGUCUGGAACAGAAGGAGUGCAAACCAGACACGAUGCUCUUAGAAACUACACAAGCUGGAGCGGUGAAGCUUACUUCGACGAUUCAGUACAUGCGUGGUGCCACCGCAAGUGAUAUGCCAUUGGAGUGCUCCAAGCACGAAAUGCUAUUGAACAACUUCCGUGAGGGCAAAGUUUACCAACAAUGCUGCCCUGCCGUAAGUCUUGCUUGUGCUGGCUGUGUCGAGUAUGAUGCUGCCAUGGACUCAUGCUCUUCAUGUGCAUCCGGCUUCACUCCGUACGUUGCCAAGGAUGGCAACCAGACAACAUGUAAGCUCUGUAGUGACAUCCCCUGGCAAGACUCAUGGGGCUUCGGAUGUCAAGAUUACGUGGAUGGCAACUCUUGCGCAGCGGGGCAGAUCAAGGCGAACAACAGAGCUGACCAUUUGGUGGACGCCGAGCGUGUGCACAGCGGAAUGUCCGCCAGUGAGGCCUGCUGUGCCUGUGGCGGGGGCAGUCGCCAGGAAGUGCCUUUCAGUUAUCCUGCAGUGCACAUCCCGUGCGGGAAGACAGCAGUGUCUGCGCUCCCCAUCCCAAGGCUGGAUGUCACCUAUGUCACGGAGAACUGCGCGUUCCACAGCAUGAAUUUGACCAUGGAUAGUCGCAGUGGGCGCGUUUUUGGGGAGAUUUCCACCCACGAGCCCCAGUCCAUCUCGUGCGAGAUCGCCAGCGACAGCCGCAAGUGGGCAGGCACUUCUGCAACUUUACAAGUUCACAUCGCCCACUUCGCAUAUUCGCAAAGCGUCUUGACCUUCACCGCGCUGAACCAGAGCUUCCUUCCAGGCUUUCAAGGCCGCUACAAGGAUUUCCAGCUGCGCUGCACGCCGGAUCUGCCCUGGGCUCGCAUAGACAAGGCCACCGGCCGCAUCUCUCAGACGAGCUCCAACCCGACGCCAAGAACCGGUGAAUGUACCGUGAGCGCCAAAGGCUGUAUGGAUGAGGCCUCUGGCAACUGCACGGAGGUAACGCGUUCCACGGAUGUCGUCCUGGUGGCCGGCAACGAGGCUUCCGAGCUCUUCGUGGUGCGGGAAGACCGACGUUGGCUUCGCGUGGAUGAAGUGAACCUGACGAUGGGCCGCCCCACGAGUGGCUUCCGCCUAGCGAGCGCGCUGAGCGCGGAAGAUUCGGCCUUGGUCGAUCCGCCUUUGGCCUACCACGUGGACCGCGGUUGCAAAGCGCUGCUCAUGGCUCAGUUCAAGGUCACUGUGACGGACAACACCUGUUGGACACCAGCCAGCGACCCGGAGCAUUUCCUGGCCAAGGCCCUCUUAGCCAACUUUUCCUCGAAUGCCUCGAAGACCAUCUCGACUUGCCGCUCCAGAUGUCGGAACGACGCCGCAUGUGCUGCCAUUGGUCUGGAUGAGCAGGGGAACUGCCACAAGGUUGUCUAUGCCAGUGAGAUCCAGUCCGGGAAGAAUUUUUCCUGGGUCCACCAGAAAGUCACCGAUUGCGACCCUCUGAACCAGUGCUUGCUUGUGCAGGUGCCUGGCGAGGCCUUCAUGUCGGGGCAGUACUGCCCCGUCGCAUCGCAGGACCCCAGGCCCGUCUACAGCAUGAAGGGCUUUGACAGCUCUUCAACCCUCUACUUGCACUGGUCUGAAGAGAACGUGGAGGUGGCAGCCGGAUGUGGCAAAGGCGAUCGGUUCGUAAUCCGCCGGGCGUCCGACGAUGACUACCUUGGCCAAGACCUGGAAGGAAGGCCUAGCGUGGAGCUGCGCGGCGAGAAGCUCUGGUGCUUCUCGGGGGACGUGCUCUUUGAGGCCUUCGAUGGAGACGGGGCGGUGAGCGGCCAGUCCGUCGACGGCGCCAAUGCGACAGUGACGGUGGUUGACUUGAGAAGGUUUUGUGGUUUUCCAUGCCUCAAAGCCUUUAGAUAG